GUGGGGCGCCUUUGGCUAAAACCACCCAGUUACACAGCAGAUUUCACCUACGCUAAGCUAACACUUGUAAGAACCACAUCUCCGGCAUACAUGGUCGAGUCCUCAUGCCAACGAUAGAUCACAUACCUCUCUCACCGCGCGUUCGUGGCAAGAACAGAGCAGGAACAACACAACGACCGCUGACUAAGAAGUCGUGCCUGGAUUGGCCUCACGUGACAGAACUUAUCAGCGACUGCCUAUCAGCAACUCACGGCACAGCCAAUCAGACGGCGCGGAUUGUUUACGGGUCCCUGUCCGUCCAUCUCGUAAGAUCUCACCUUAAGCUCGAGCUUCCGAUGGCGACAUCGCAACAAGCCUUCUUCACCUUUCUUAGUUCUUCUUAGUUCUUGUGUUAGGUAAGCUCCACGGUCAAUGGCCAAUUGAACCCGGCUACAAUGGCGAAUGUCGAGCUUGGGCUUGCCAUUGGCUUUUACUUCUAUCCCUGCGGCUUGAUCGUGACUCUCUUCCUCUCGCAGAUCGCCCGGUACAGAUACAACUAUGCUGGCAGCGCGCCCCAGAUCGACGAGAAGGGCGUCGAGAAGAUCCACCGAUUCUACGCGAAGUGUGUCUGGGCUGUGCAGCUUGUCUUGACACCGCUGCUUCUCGCUAGUAUCAUCUUGGCCGCGUACUAUGCUUCUACCAUUCAAGAUGCUCCGACCAACUUCCCCUACAGCGCCUACCUGGCAUCUUAUGUUGCUGUGUUACUGUACUUUCUAACUGGUCUUUUGCCCGACCCCGAUGGACCAUGGACUCCAUCAAUACCUCACAGCAUCGCUUGGGGAGUUGGUAUCUUGGUAGAGGCUGUCAUUGCGGCUGUAUUCAAAUCACAGUACCAUCUUAUUGGGGCACCAUCAGGACUGCUUGAUAGGCUAUUUGGUCUUGCUAUGGCACGCAUUGCCUUGCUCUUAGUCAUGGUCUCUCUUGUGCUUCGCAGAGAAUAUGAGUUAAGGAAGGCUGAACCGGGAACCAUAUCUGAGAGACGACCUCUUCUGGAAAAUGGACAUGGCCCUACUAACGGAUACGGAGGUACUGCGCAUACAGGAAAACCCGAUGUUAAGAAGCCGCGCGAUCCGUCGAAGUCGAAUUGGUUUGAUUACUUUGCUGGCACUCGGGUGCUCUUCCCGUAUCUUUGGCCCUCUAAUUCACCACUUCACCAAGCAACCGUUGUUCUCUGCAUACUUCUUCUAAUCGCCCAGCGCAUCGUGAAUAUUCUGGUACCCUUGCAACUUGGCGUACUAGUCGAUGCUCUCGGAUACGGGAGGAUUCCGUGGAAAGAGGUGAUUCUCUACGUGGUAUAUCGAGGUCUUCAAGGACAGCAAGGCGUGAUCGGGGCAGCCCGCUCUAUCCUGUGGAUUCCUGUCUCCCAGUCUCUGUUCCGAAGAUUGUCAUGCGCAGCAUUUGAGCAUGUCCUCGGAUUAUCUAUGGAUUUUCACCUCAGCAAACGUAUUGGUGAAGUCACAAGCGCUCUCAGCCGCGGCAGUGCCAUAAACACCUUCCUUGAGAACUUUUUAUUCCAGGUUUUCCCAAUGCUCUUCGAUAUCUUGGUGGCAUCCGUUGUUUUCUUUUUCAAAUACGAUGCUUUCUAUACGCUCAUCGUUCUUGUUAUUAUGUGGUCAUACAUCUUUAUGACCAUCUACAUGGCCAAGUACCGAGGAAAACAAAGAAGAGAUAUGGCAACCAAAGCUAGAGAUAUGGAAGCGACGAAAACCGACGCUAUCAUGGCUUAUGAAACUGUACAACAUAAUUGUGCUGUGCCCGCAGAGACAGAAAAGUACAAGGGUCAUGUUAUCACUUAUCAGAAAGCCGAGCGUCUCGUCCUUCUCUCCCUGAAUGCACUAAAUUUAACGCAGAGCUCAGUGUUCACGGUUGGCGUGGCUCUCAUUGUCAUCGUUUCCGCCUACAAGAUUGCUCAUGGUCAGCAAAACGUGUCGGACUUUGUUAGUCUGAUAACGUACUUCGCCCAGCUGCAAGCUCCUUUAAAUUUCUUUGGCACUUUCUAUACGAUGCUUCAGAACAACCUUAUUGAAGCCGAGCGUAUGCUUGAGCUGUUCCAAGAGACUUCCGGAGUUGUGGAAAAGCCUGACGCCAAAGACUUGCCUUCCGCCCAGGGAGAGAUCAGAUUCAACGAUGUCACCUUUUCCUACCAGAACAAGGAACCUGUUUUACACGGUGUCGACUUCACUGUUGCACCAGGUACUAAGACAGCACUUGUAGGAGAGUCCGGAAGCGGCAAGUCAACAUGCUUGAAGCUUCUGUUCAGAUUUUACGACGUGGGCGAUGGAUCGAUCACCGUUGAUGGCCAUGAUGUUCGUGACUUGAAGAUUGAUGGACUUCGAAAGCACAUAGGCGUAGUACCCCAAGAUACUGUCCUCUUCAAUGCUACGAUUAUGUAUAACCUGCUUUAUGCCGAUCGUACGGCCUCCGAAGCAGACGUUCAUGAGGCGUGCAAGGCGGCGAACAUCCAUGAGAGAAUAAUGUCAUUUCCCGACCAGUAUGAAACCAAGGUUGGCGAAAGAGGACUCAAACUGUCAGGCGGUGAAAGACAAAGGAUUGCUAUUGCGCGUGCAAUUCUGAAGAACGCCCGAAUCCUACUCCUUGACGAGGCUACUGCGUCUCUAGACUCGCACACGGAAAGACAGAUCCAGGAGGCUCUUGAGCGGGUGACUGCUGGUCGCACCACAGUUACAAUCGCGCAUCGUCUAUCUACAAUUGUGGACUCGGACCAGAUCAUCGUACUUCAUAAAGGCAAAGUGAUCGAGAGGGGCACGCAUAGCGAGCUACUCGAGCUCGGUGGCAGUUACCAUGCCAUGUGGCAAAAGCAAACAGCCGGGGACAAGAAAAAGUCGGAAAAGGGUGAUGUGAAAACGGAAGAGUAGUUUUGUGGCUAAUUGCCUUUUUUUCAAUUCGUAUUAAAACUUCUUAGCGAUGCAGUGCAUUAAAAAGUUAAACUGUAACAAGAUUAAGAGAUAGACAAAUCAAUACAUAGAUGUAUCAACAAGAACGAAUCCAUUUCUCAUGAU